AGCCGCGCUCGAGCCGAGCUUGCGUCGCCACCGUGAGCGGGGAGUUCGCGUCGCUUCUCCCUACCACCCCCUACCUCCCCCCGCGUCGUUACCAAGCUGCGCGCCGCGAUGGAGCCGCGAUGUCGGAUCCGCGGCUCUUGUCUCUCUCUCUCGAAGCAGCAGCAGCAGCAGCAUCAUCAUCAUCCAUCUCGUCGCUCCCGGAUUGUUCUCUGUAACGAGUUUCAAUUAAAAGUCCGGGGUAAAGUUUGGUCGAUAUCGUGGUGUGUGUGUACAGAGAGUCGUGUGUGACGUCGUCACCAGGUCGCCAAAAUGACGCACCAUGAGCCGAACUUUACCAAAAGUGGCGGCGUCUCCGUCCUCUUCGGACGAGGAUGAUGAUGAGGAGAGGGCACUCGCCUCGUGUGAGCACCACAACCAGAGAGAGAGAGACACCGCCACGAACAUCGCCUGCCACUCGUCCGCCGUGUUUAUAGCGACUGCUGCUGCUGCUGACCGAGUCUGUGUCGUCUUACUGCGCGUGUUGUUAUUGUGGUGUUUGUUGGCACAGGUGGCGAAUCUGCCAAUAAUCUCGGUCAACUCCUAAAAAGUCUGGGUUAUGUCCUAUGUCCCUACCAGCAGAGAACCUUCCCACACUUCCACGUGAUGGCCUCAAGGUGCACCUAGCCUGGCACAAACUCUGUGGUGACGUUUGUUGUGUAAUCUCGCUUGUCACUGGAUUAUACUUUGCGGUUGGGCUUUGCUUGAGUCAUCAUACCCGCCCUUCUCUCUCUACAAUGAUACACCACGUCCUAUAAGCGGCGUAGGGUCUAUAGGUGUUCACCGCCUCGCAAAGUUUCCGAGACGAGGGGACACGGAGUCCCGACCUAGACGCAGUGGACACCGCGGUCCAGCCAUGUGCGUGAUGGGGUUGCAGACUUUUGAAGUCUUGUCAUCACGUCCCCAACACCACACAACAUCGUCUACCCCCCACACCCCACACCACCACCACCCACCCCCCAGACAGGGUUGUGCAAGCCGGUGAGGUGGCGCGGUGCACAUCGAUAGCCCGGGCUGGCAAACCCCACGCAACAAUUGACUCCGUAGACCCAUGGGUGGAAAAAAAAUCUGAUUUUUCCAGCGGCAGGCAUCGGGUUUUUUUAUUUAAUACAAUUAAACCCGAUUUCGGGGAAUUUAAACCUGGUUUAAUGAAUAUGAAACUCUUGAUAAGCUUAGGCUGCUUCCUCGUCGGUGCUGCUAUCGUACUCGGGGGGCCGUCGGGCACGGGGUAGUCGUAGAAUGCGGCGGGCAGGUUGGUCUUGAUGAACACGAGGAGCUUCUCCUCCACAAUCGUGGGCGCCAGUGAGUUCCUUAGCUUGGAAUGGAUGAAGCCCAUCAUCGUUGAGAAGUUGGCGAAGUGCGGUUCUGCAAUUAGAACCAAUUAAACCGGAUUUCUCCCAAUCGCAGAUGAUCGGGUUUAAUAUAAAAACACAAUUAAACCCGAUUGUAAAAAACCCGACUGUGCCACCCUUGCGUAGAACAGAGUGGUCCUUUGUUAAUCCACUGCUGGCUGAAAGCGUCCCCACGCAUAUGUCAUGAAACCUAAUACUCACACAAUGCGAGUAUACAUCUGAGCAAUGGCGUGGCCAAACUUGGACGCGCCUUUUAUAACGCACAAGUAGUUUCCAAUCGGUGAUGGUGCGUGCACAUGCCAGGAGGCUGUGCGCAUCACUGGCGAUGAGAAGAAUCGGGAUGGUAUGGGGGGGGGGGCGUGCAGUCUCCUCCGGUGAACGUGUGGCAUUGGUGGCCGUGUGGGCACCCCACACAGAGGAGUGUUGAUUUCCGCACCCACACGCGGCGUUUAUGGAAACUCUUCCGAUCGGUGGGGGCCCAAUUUCGCGAGUGGCGCCACACAGCGGAGAAGGGGCUGCUCGCCGUGAAACCACAAAGGUUAGUUAAACAAAACCCAACUCGUUGCUGCGGUUGUGUUUACACGUACAGCAAGCAGCCCUUCGGAACCUGUCCCAUAACUAUCAACCCAUACGAUUUACCCGUGUUCUUGUACAGGAAAUUUGAGUGUUUAGGGCCAUACGGCGUACGGCCGUUUCAAUACGGGCAGAAAAAUUGUCUAUUUGUUUGUGUUUCUCCCUUGUGAUGGGACUUUGUAGGAUGAAUGUUGAGAUGUAUAAGGGCGCGCGAUGACCAAUAAGGUUUGAAUUGGUCUAAUAAGGUAGGGCACGGAUAAGGGUUUGACAGGUAUGCAGUGUUCACUGCUGGAUCGGUGAACUUGUUGGGGUUAUUCGUACCUCGCUGGUAAAGAGCCCAUGGGUAGCGCAUAUUGAUAGGUACAUUACAAUGGAUGAUGCUUUCACUACCCUCUUAUGCCCAUAACGCGGCACCAUCCCUGUGGAAACCUUGCGAACGUUCAUCAUGGUGGUGGUGGCCUGUCGACGUACUCUCCAGGCUGCAAACUUGCUUAGCUUUCGAUGUGUGAUGAUAUCGGGCGCAUUUCUGGGGAUCUGUGUUUGGUUGUACGGAAUUCAUAUUAACAUCGCGUUUGAUUUCAACAUGUAACUAUUUGCACGACGGUGUUAAGUGGUUUAAAGUGACAGGUCUGUGAAUUACUUUUAGUUUGGAGAUCGUCAAUGCGUGCCUGUGGUGACACGAUACUUUAAAUGGCUUUUAAGUGGACUCUGAGGCCGUCAGUGGCGUCACUAACGUCGUACUGUUUGACCUCCCCCAUUGAAGAGCACACGACAAAGUUUAAAGCCUCGUCUUCUUCCUCCGGUGUGUUUUGUCUUCCUUCCGGCAUGCCGCCGGACGUUUCCCGAAGAAGCCGGGAACUUAUUGAGGAACUCACGGCAAUUCUCAGUUCGUGAAGAAGCUGAAGGAUUUCGAGCAUUGGCCAUGGUCUACCCACUGCUGGAUGAGGACCGCCUCCCCAAGCCGCCGCCAUCUUUCAUGGUCUUGUGAUACAACAAUCCAUCCAGCACCUGCACAGAAGCUGAUUUCAUUGCUGCGUCUCCAUGGCCUGGGUGGGCCACUGGGCCUGCCCAAUAUGGACGUGUCACCAGGGGACGUGGCUCCAGUGAGUCCUGCCUGCAGCCUGGGGGAAUCUGUGUGCACAGAAUCUCUUGGAUCAGAUUCUGUCUCCUUCUCUACCCCAGUUGAUUCGCCAUGUAAACCCAGUCAGGGGGUAGACCUGGAUGCUGGUGAUGGUGAAAUAAGCAGCAAUGGCUUGGGCCCAAAUGCAGUUGCAGUUGGGCAGGAGGGGUCAGGAUUUGGUCUAAAAAGAACAUGUCUCAUGGAGGAGGGAGCUGCUAAUGGACUGGGCUCAGUGCUGCUUCCAAUCGAGUGUCGGGUUUGUGGGGACCGGGCCUCGGGCUUCCAUUACGGAGUGCACGCCUGUGAGGGAUGCAAGGGUUUUUUCCGAAGAACAAUUAGGAUGAAGCUGGAGUAUGAGAAGUGUGACCAACGCUGCAAAAUCCAGAAGAAGAGUCGCAACAAGUGUCAGCACUGCCGCUUUCAGAAGUGCCUGGGUGUCGGAAUGUCGCAUGAAGCAAUCCGAUUUGGGCGCAUGCCUCAGGCAGAAAAGAAGCGUCUGAUUGCUGAGGUGUGCGGGGGCAGCCUACGCCCAGACCUUACCGCAGGCUCCGCGACGAAAACCACCGCUGCGACAAGUGUGUCUGUGUGCGGAGGCUGCCAAGGUGGGAGCAGCGUGGCGGGCGAGGGGAUGGGGAUGGCUGUGAGCGACCUCCGUUCUCUGGCUCGCCUCGUACAAGAGGCCUACCUCCGCAUAUUCCCACUGUCCAAGGCCAAGGCUCAGGCGAUUUUAGCUGGAAAAGUACAAAAUAACGCUGUGGUGAUUCAUGACCACGAGUCUCUGGCUCAGGCUGAAGACACAAUCCUCCAGAAGUCGGGUUACGGCACAAUCCACAAUCACGGCAGCAUCGGUGUGAAUAUUGCGAGUGUGGGCGGAGGUUGCGGCGGCGCCUGUGGAGGGACGAUCUGCGAUGGAAGAGGGGGCCCCUGCGACAGCACCACACGCGGGCGAGUGCUGGGCACGGACUGCGUGUUCAUCACCGCCAAUGGCGUCACCGAUACCGAACUCGCAGCCGACGCGGAAGGCAAUAUGUCUGGUGACCAGGAGGUUACUCCUCCAAGAGGAGCGGCGGAGAUCAGGAUUUUUAACCGCUGUCAUUACCGGUUGGUGGAGGCUGUCCGAGAGGUGACGGAGUUUGCCAAGAGCAUCCCCGGUUUCAUGAUCCUUGAUCUAAAUGACCAAGUCACUCUACUCAAGUACGGUGUGUACGAGGUGAUAUUCGCGAUGUUGGCGGCCCAGAUCAACAAGGACGGACUUCUGAUCGCUUACGGCUCGGCGUUCAUCACGCGUGAAUUCCUGCGCUCCCUCCGCUCCCCCUUCUGUCAAAUCAUGGAGCCCAAGUUUGAGUUCUCCAUACGUUUCAACGCACUGUCACUCGACGAUACGGACCUCGCCCUGUACAUGGCCGCCAUCAUUUUGUGUGGAGACCGCCCUGGCCUGAUCAAUGUGAAUCCGGUGGAGCGCAUCCAGGACCGCAUCUUACAGGCACUGGACCUUCAGCUGAGGAAAACGCACCCCGAGAGCCCCUUCCUAUUCCCCAAACUCCUGCAGAAACUCUCGGACCUUCGGCAACUGGUAACGGAGCACGCGCAAAUGGUGCACAAUAUCCGCAAAACCGAAGCGGACACUGCCUUGCCGCCCCUUCUGCAAGAAAUAUUUAAGGACAUGUAUUGAAGAAAUCAUGUUCCGUGGUGAAAUCGCAAAAAGGGACACUUUGAAACGUGUGGGCCAAGAGGAUAACCUGAUGAACGGCUGAAUGGGAAGUGCCUGAUAGGCUGUAUGACAGUAGUUUUAGCAUUACCCCAACAUUCAGAAACUUGAGUAAAAACUCGCUUAUGGCUGGGUACAAAUCUGAUGAAGGCGAAACGUCCUUUUGAAAGGUACACCCGAGGGUGCUGUGCGUCGCUGGAUCUGCUGUCAGCAUUGUCCGCAGUCAUGAGCCCAACUCCAUUCUUUACAAACCUUCCUUCGUGACCAUGUUCGUACUUGCCAUGUUUUUUUCAAAUGGAGAUGUCGUGUCAUUAAUCACACAAUUACAUUGCAUCUGUCAGCUAAUUAGGUCACACGGAACAUUUGGUGUUCAUGUUUUGCUAAGAACGGGCAUCACUAUUGUCACGUGAUCAGCCAGGUCACUGUGUGAUGGGUGGAGUUGCAUGUGCGCCAGACUAGCUCUCACCUGUGAGACACUCCGUAGGGAUGGGUUGUCUUUAUCUUGCAGCAGGCCACCAUAAUGGUUUCCACCAGGUAGGGCAGUUUUGUAAAGUGAAGCAGAAACAUGGAAUGUAUCUAAAAACUGAAAAUAGACAAUGCAGGGCACACUCAUGCCUAUGCCCUCGCGCAUUCUCAAACUCAGACACUUUGAAAUGAGGUUGCCUCAGUCAUCGUUAGGCACCCAGGCUGCUUGGAUUAAAGCCUACCGAAUAUGGAAAAUCCUGACUAUCCGCCAAUAUAAUUGGGAUUACACUCUGGUUUCACACACUUGUGAUUUUACUCUGCCCUUUGUUAUAUUUUCUGGUUUUGAAGAUCAGCAUGGAGCCUGAGGGCCCAUGACUCCCCAACAACCAGAACCCAUACACCACAAAACUCCCACUUGUUCAUAAGAGGUUUUUUGGGUUAGAUUGGGUAAAUAUAUAAAUGUGUCGUUAAAACCUGCCACCACCCGACACAGCCAACUAGUAAGGGUUGUCACGUAAACAGAACGUGCCAAUUCGUCACUAGUACAGCACACUGGUGUGUUGAAGAGCCAAGCCACAACAUUUACAAACAGAGUACGACGUUUCGCCAGUAAUUACAACUCGCGCAAAGUUUGGCAGUGGGCUGUUGAGUCGACUGUGUGUCCUUACUGCUGUGGCUACUGCUGGCAGUGCAGCUCGCCACCACCGUGCUGUUGCUGAUAUCUCCUUUGCCUUCUCUGUGUUGAGGUCGCCUUUUAUACACAGCCUUUAGCCAUUCCUCGGCAAUGCAAGAGCAGCCCCACUCUCAGCCAUUUUACCUGGCUGCCUACCUAAUUGCUCCAAAUCAGUUCUCUGCACACGGUUUCAGACAAUCAGCAGCUUGAUUUCAAAAGCAUGCAAAAUUUACCAAUGGUAAGAAAGUAAUUCAUCACCUGCUGUGGAGAGGAGUCCUUCCCGCUCCACACGUACUUGUCCCACCAGUUAGGAACAAGGUGAUCACUAUACCACUGUGAGUCGUAAUUCACUUCGCCACCUGUCCAAGUUAAGCCAAUCCAAGCCCAGUCACACCGAACUAACUGCCGUGCAUCAUGGGUCUCGUAACCGAUGGGCGCUCUUGCCUUGACUGCAUCCUAAGAUAUCAUCCCAUCGUCCGCAUGGUCGAGUGACUGUACUCUUGAGUAGUGGCUGCACCACGUCAGUGUAGUCAAUUUGAGCCAGUUACCCACCAUUCUGGUUUCUAUUAUCACCUGUUACGCAACAAUGCGUCUUGCUGUGAUAUGCGAGUCAUUGAUCCUCUUUGAAUUAGUGUGUAGUUGUUAUGUCAUUUAGGUUAUUUCAAGCAAAAAAGUUAUUCAGAUUUCUGCCCAAUAUAAAUUCAAACAAUAAGGUUAAAGAAAAAUAUUUGUGACAUAUCAGCAGUUAGCUGUUUUUAUUCAUGAAAUGAAUAUAAUUCAGCUCGCAGUGGUGUAGACACUGUCGGCUUACCUGCAAUAAUGUGGCCCGCAAUUUUCAAGCAGUAUAGUGUAUUUGACGUUCGAGAUUAUCUUUAAACAAAAAUAUGACGUUCUCAAAGCAUUAUGAAAAUACUUUUCUUACCAAUGACAGAACUGAAAACAUAGUCAUGGGUAGGACUUUUGUAAUAGCAUUUUGGAGUUAAGUGCAGUUAGUGUAAAUCAUAAUCUAAAUGCAUAAGGCUUGGGUGUGUGGUGUUCUUCUUGCACUUUCCUUUAUUGCACGGUUUAGUCAUCGGCAGGGUCGGUACAGAUUGGUUUGAGUGCUGUUUGAUGACGCAUAAUUUUUUAAGCAGUUAAAGUAACGCAACAAAAACGGCAAUUGAUUAUUGCAACGAAUACAUGUAGUAAUGUCUACUUGUUGUGAACAUACGUAAUUGUAUUGUGCCGUGGAACUUCAUUGUUGCCAUUUAAACUAUAUGGGUAAUACAUUCAAAUGUUGUACACUUUAUUGUUUAAAGGAAGGGAAAACCUAAAAAACAAGUGCACAAUCUUUUUCCUCAUCACAAUCGUGAUAUCCGUCCAUGCGGCAAAACAGAUGAAUUUGCUGCAAUGUAAAACUGUUUGGCAGCACGUGUCCCAGCUUCCGGCUGAGCGGACCCAGGCCCCUAUGAUGGCUCCGCCAGUGCAGUGGGCGCUGUCCUCUGGGGGAACCCCUCACGGCUCGACAUAGUGACUGGACGUCUGUAAAAAAGAGCUUUGUAGUUCAUCGGAUUCCUCCAAUCGAAAUGAUGAUUCUGAGGGGGCAACUUUGCCUUCGCAGCUCUUGGGUACAAAUGACAACUGAAGACGAGCAUUUGAAUUUAUAUCUGACAUUUUUUUUUUAUUUUCACUCAAAUACUUAUCCAUUAACGUGAAUUGUUCUUGCCUGGGUAAGAAAGUACUACGUUCAAAAUGGGGGGUUCCCUCACAUGCUGGGAUUUAACUCAGGAAAAUGCACUUUUCUCAUUGACAACACUGUGAACCUGUCAUACAACCCAAAGUAAUAGUCCAUGUGUGGUGAUUAUACACAUUGUGUACUUGUUCCUUUAGGGUGUCCCUUUAUACAAAGAGUUCCACUGUCUCGAUUCUGAUCCUUCGAAUAUUUAAGGGUAAUGCCCUAAUUACAAUACCUGGUCUUUGAUAUCAAAUAUUUUAUAUCAAGUAAAUGAGGGGAGAGGAACAGUAACGUGGCGUAUAAUUGUGGUAUCAAAUAAACUUUUAACUCUGCAAUGACCCUGGUGUAAUCAUAAAAAAUACUGGAGGGGCACGAUAUUGCCCUCGUGGCAAGGUGGCUUCAGCAAUUAAAAUAAUAGAACGUUACCCCACUCUGAUGUUGGUGAGCCACCGUGUUAAGGUUCUACGACUUGCAGGCGCGGCAGGUCAUGACGUUCGCAGGGUUUGGUUUGAGCUUGCUGUGUGAUCGCAGGGUGGUGUUGGGCUGGUGGAACACUCCACAGCGGGUUGCGCACUCCACAGCUGCUGCCGCUACAGCUGCUGCUGCUGCCGCCGACUCGUCAGUAGAUUGUUGUGGCUGCCAAUGUUUUUACGGUAUUACUUGUGUCCAUACUUGGAGGUUAAAAUAGUAGUCAUUUCACGGUCCUUUAGGUGUCUGUAGUCAGUAAGAUUUGUCAAAUAUUAGACAAAAAACACGUGAAGCGCAGUAAUUUUAGCGGUGUCAAGUUUUACUCUCUGCUCCAAAAAGGUUACAUUUUAUUACAAACAUUUGUGUAUGUUGGCAUAUCUAAUGGCCCUGCUUGAUGCGUGCGGAUAUUGGUGGUGGUGGUGGUAUUUUCAUUACGUGAAUUUUAAAAUGUGUUUAUUUGUAUGAAAGUUGUAGAAAAUAUUAAAACAAUGUUCUCAGGAGUAAUGAUAAUUUUAGAAUUUUUAGGGGUGAACAGUUGAGGGAUAUUUCUGAAGGCUGCUUUUUACGCCCAUACGUGUGUUUUAGGUUUGUGCAUCUGUGUGUGUGUAUUUGACAGUGUGCUUGUGCCUUAGUGUUUCUGUCCGUGGUGGCGUACCCCCGUAUCCAUACACCUGUGUGUCGAUAUGUAAUGUCAGCACAGCUAGAGCCAAAACGUGCCACGACCACACUGUUUUAGUGGUGUGAGCUUAAAGCGUGUGGUAAUACACUGUUUAUUUCACUCGUAGGUCGUAGGAGAUGGUCAGAGUAGGGUUUAUGUAAAUGUUUGAGCAUUUAAAAUAUAAAGCAACUUUAUUGGUUCAUAAUUGGUUUCUUCAGGGUUAAAUCGUGUAUGUAUAUUGUCAAUUUACAACAAUAACCCUCCACUACCCCGACAAAGCCAAUUAAAUCAUGCCACAUGGGGGCACAUGUAGCCAAUUUUUUGGUUUUAUCAGCAAACCAGAGGAGAAAUGUUGAAAAGCAAGAAGACAUUUUGAUGAUUGCCAAAAACAAAUGUUUAUUGCUUUUCAACAAUCCUUCAGUUUGUUUAAAGAAUCCUUCAGUUUGUUGAUAAACCAAAUCACGUAUCGUGUUUGUCCAUGACGUGACAACUUGAUUUGAUGGGCUCUAUCAGGCGGAGGAUGGUUAUAGUUGUAAAUUGACAUGCUACCUACGUGACAAUCUGACCCAAAAUAAACUAAUGAUGAAUCACAAUAUUGGUUAUGAAAGCCUAUGUAUAAACAUAUACUUUAUUUGGUGUUGAAAUUCAUACUAAUGGGCUGCACUGUUUCUUGAACAUUGUAGACAAGUACUACCCAAUCGUGUUGGUGAGUAACCAAAGUUACCAUUCAUGUCUAAUAAUGCCGAUACAUUUUUUUUAUUCUCAACAGUACCGUUGCCUGUAUAUAUCUUAAUAGCAAUCUGUUUUCAAACCCUUUACGAGUAACACCUUUCAGGAUAGAUGUAGGGUGCCAGUCACCUCACGCUUGUGUGCACCUAAACAGCUGCUUUGAUGGAAAACAAGUGGCCGAAGGCCAUCUCAUUAGAGUUUCAACCAAAACCAAGUCCAGUACUGCUAGUGACUUCAAGGGUGGUGUGGUGGCGAGCUGCCACAUUUCACUCAGUCUGUGUCAAGUCCGAUCAGCCGUGAAGCUGUUGGGAAGAUGUGCACGAGAGUGACGAGGCCACGCAAGGGUGACACGACCCCAGCAUAUUCACCUCCACAGGCCUAAGCCUGUCCACACUGCCCCAGCCAACCAAGGGUUUUUUUUUUACCCUUCUGUGCUUUUUCUGAUUCGCUCCACUGGUUAUGGAGUCCCCAACCUGGGCCACCUGGGUGCGCAAGAGGUGGCAAUGUGGUCUGAGAUCACUCCUGGCUGCAACCAUCAAACACUUCCGACAAUGAAUAGGCUGCCCUAUCUUUCCAACGUGAAUGUAAAAUGUGACUGAGAUUAACUGUUUUUGGCUCAGUGUCUUAGAAGAGAGAGAAUUGAUGUCCAUGAGGUACUGAAACAUCUGUCUCCAUAUCUCGGUGAAGAUUCAAUUCCAAAAACAUUAAAAACUGCUUAAGGGAAUGUAUCAACUUCCAAUUAUUGUGCAUGGGUUAUUAUUUUUUUUUAUAACAUAUCAGUCAUUUUUCAGUCUUGAAGCUAGAAGGCUGCCACACUGUCGAUUAUGGGGAAUUAUUUGACUAUUUUACCAUGCUGGUCAUUACGAGUUGGUGACGUGGGCACGCUAGGACUGAUUCGGAUGUCACCGUUAAUAUUAGUUGAGGCUGGUUUAUCGUGCACUAAACACUGCACCAUCGCCCUAAAUCUGCUGCUCUUUAUUUGUACAUCGUUGUUUCAGUGGAGAGUGGUAGUGUAGCGCAUAGCACACUUUGAUAUGGAUCUGGUGACCUGGGUGUGAUUCCGAGCCUUGCCUUACAUCUGUGGUGAGUGAUAUCUGAACUGGUUCUGGUCCUUUACCAAUGCACACCGAACAGUUCGGUGCAUUUUGGUAGUACAUGGAUUGGUAAAUGACUAUUCAUUCAGUGUUAUAUCCCAUUGUGUUGUUAACCAUAUCUCCUGCCAUCCUCUGUUUCCAUAGCCAGCAAUAGCUGUACCAGAAUCACGUGAUCCUAUGAAGAUGAUUGUGACGCGUAUAGUUUUAAAUUGAGGAGGGUUUUUUUAUCGUAAAGAGUGAUUGUGUACAAAAGCAAUACAUAUUCACGUUUAUGAUUAAAAACUCCACACAUCUGUCAGUGUCUGGUGGUCUGCACACACAGCAGCAAAACGCCAUAUACGCAACAUAGCUUAUUGCUGUUGUUUAUAAAGUGAUUAGUAAAUCAUUAUAACAGAAAAAUUAAGUCUGAUGAGGACAUGCUUGCCAAAUAGAACCGUGAUUUUUGUUCAAAUACGUUCUUUUGUUGGUAUUGAAAGCUACGCAAUAUACUGUGCAUAUUGAUUUAUAUAUUAGAAAUACAGUAUAGAAUAAAUUAAAUUGUUAGUCAUCACAUGUUCAGAUGAUUUGAAAAAAAGUUUAACAUCGGGUACAUGAGUUUGUCAUAUUUGUAUACAUUUACAAAGGUAAUUUUGUGAGUUGAAUACUGCAUUGGUUUUUCCCCGCGUUGUGUAUAUUUUUGUGUUGCAAAACGAUUUAACGUAUCAAAGAGAUGUGGAACAGCUGCGUAGCGCCUCGCAGGUUCACGUUACAAAUUGUCGUAAAUCGUUUUGAGUGUUCUAACGCUCGUAGCAUGUGACCCAAUGACACUAAUCGAGUGCACCGCGUGGCCUCGCAGGAACAUUUGUGACCGGUGAUCCACACGCACGCACGUGCCAGGACCCGGUGCUUCCCUAAUCUCAUGAGCGUUGAGUGGUGUUCGUCUCACCAUUGGUGGCUGAGCCUUUCAUAAGAGUUUUUUUUUUUUGGGUUAGAUCGCGUCAAUAUAUAAAUGUGUCGUUAAAACCCUCCACCACCCGACAACUCUGAGCCUUUGUUGGACAUUCAUUGGCUGGAGGGCAGUUUUUCCGUUGAACAGCCACUGUUGGAAUUCGUAUUUUUUAUUUUUUUUUAUUGGGGAUAGUAGGUCCUCGGUUAACGUUUUUAAUCCGUUUCACGAAAACUACUGUUCACCGAAAUAGCUGUUUCUCGAAUUCACUGCACAGGUUGAACAAUGGGUAAAAAUCACUGAGUCUGCAAGAGAGCUGUUUUCCACUGCCACAAGAGAAAACAAUGUAAACAAUGGGCAUCGCUGAUUGGCUGGGGACAUGGCUCAGCCCACUUACGAGCACUCUGAUUGGCUGAAAUUGCCCCCCCCCUUGCAGAACAUAAACAUUACCGUUAAUCAAAAUGUUAACGUUGGUCGAAACCAUUGGGGUCCUAUGGUUGGUGAAACGUUAACCGAAAAAAACGUUGACCGAUGCCACCGUUAACCGAGGGACUACUGCAUAUUGAAAAAUGAUAGGCGUUUGCUGUAAAUUCUCAAGAUGUUACUUUCUGAAAGCUACAAGUUAUGGUACAAAAUAUAAUUUCAUGAUCCUGCCAUAGUCGUUAUGAUUACAUUCAUACAUCACAUGUAAUUGUUUUUAUUGCUUAGAGUUCACGGUGUUCGUACAACUUACAGCAUUCAUCCCUGAUGUUUAUUUUUUUCUUUAUUGGUGUUCAAUACACCUUCAAACCGUUAUCCAAAUCUACAAUUCUAUUCACUUUUUUGCUUUUGAUGCAAAAAAGCCAUAGGCUUGUUUAAAAAGGACUGUGCAGUUAUAUGCAACGUGCACUUUCAACAAUAAAAUAUAAAGAAUCACUUAUCGUGAUAACACUUUGAAAGUUUUUAGUAGCCUGAAGCACGUUAGGUAAUAAGGUGAACCAGAAACCAAAAUUUCAGUAUUGCAUUUGUAUUAAAAUAUUCUUUGGAUUGUUAAACACUCGGGGUUAAAAAAAAAUCUAAUUCAGUUGUGAACAUGUAAUGUCACACUAUCUGCUAUCUGUAACUGUUCAACCUGGUGAUGCUAGUAAACCAAUUAAAACAAGCUCGUUUUACAUUGGCACUUGAAAAAAAUACGAUUAUGAAAAUAUUAAAAUUGACGUGUGAAGUAGCUCAUUAAAACGAAAUACCUUGGAGUGUUUUAAUAGUUGGGCAAGGUGUUUUUUUCUUUGGAAUCAAUUGAAAGUGCGUAAUGGUUGUGUUCAAUAUUUUAGUUCCUGUUCAAUAUUUUAGUUCCUGUUCAUGACUAAACGAGGUCUUUUUGUCCAGAGCUACCAUCACUUUACUUUACUACGCUUUUAUGCAUAGCAUUACCACGUAUGGAAACUACCGUUUCGUGCAUUUUUAUUUUGAAUGCGCAGAUAAAUGUCAGAACAUAAAAAAGACUGAUUCAAAUAUUCAUUUCAUGGUGGAGGGCGGGGUCUGCAGAUGACGACAUUUCAAUUUUCCACAAUAGAGCACAAGUCAUCUCUUCAAAAGACGAGUCCACGGCGACAGAGCCGGCCCAGCCACUAAGCGACCCUUGCAAUUGCAAAGGGCCCCGUGGCCAGCAAAGGGCCCCCUAGAGUCACUGCUAGCUCGUGGGUGAAAAAAAUUAUACAUCAAAGGGGCCUCCAACCAAAUUUUGCUUAGGGCCCCCAAAGGUCUAGGUCCGGCUCUGCACGGCUACAUUAAGAUUAGCUGCUGCUGCUGCCCGCUUCCGUUUCACGGCUGCAGUCGCACCAGCAAAACGAUGUCACUUUGCAGAAACUGAAGAACAUUCUGUCUGCACACUGUCCACGUGUCUGUCCACGUGUUUGCGUUCGUAUUCUGUUUUACUUGGUCGGUUAUGAUUAGCACACCUUGCCAUCUUGUCCUGGUUGUGUAUGCCAUUUCGUAAUUAUAUUAUGGAUAUAUUUUGUUUUACACGUUAAAACAUUCUUUUGCAAUAUUUGAGUAUUUAAGGCAAUAACUGAUGGAAGAUUUUACAAAAAAUAAUUCGGAUUGUUCAACAAUGCACAGAAUUUGUACAUAAACAAAUACUAUUGUUCACAAAGGUCUGGCGUCUAUAGAUUGGAAUACUGUACUUCUGUAAAAAUAUGUAAUUAUGCAUCUUUGAUUGUACAAUUUACUAAUGUGUGAUAAAGCUUUUAAAUAUUUUAGUUAU